UUUUUAUCAUAGGCUUUCUUCCGAUAAACUUCUUGGAAUAUAAAAGUUAAGUCUACAAAGCUAACGUUACAAAAGUUUUCAAAGCAUCGCCAUGGUAAAGUGUUAUCAGAUCCUGAAUGAUAACGAUAAUAAAAUGAUAAACGUUUCUGCUUUCGGAGCACGAAAGUACAUACAUACUUAUCUAUCGCAUAGUAACUUUUUGUGGUUCACCUAACAGAGCAAUAGGGACAUCAUGAACUCAGUGAUACUAGCGCCUCAGCUUAGUAAAUAUAGAAUAUCUCGUAGGGGACGCAAAUUACAGAUAUUUGAUGAUCAAAGGACGCUGCUCGCGUUACCUAAGGAUGUACCGGAACGUACUUGGGCAGAGAUUCUCCAACGAGAGGAGAAUGACUUGAUCGUUUACGACAUUCGGGAGGAGAUUGUGGAAGAGGCGCUGAGGAUCGGCUAUGAGAGCUAUAUGAACAAGCAGACCGCUUUGUUCACAGCACACGUGGCCGCAAAGGCAUGGCUUAAACUAAUUGACUGGCACUUCUACCGACAUGACCCUGGUGAGGAUCCCAGUGCGUACCCUCCUUGCUUUAUCCCGAAGCGUGUGGAGUCGUGGAUGCCGGACGAGCUUCCGGAUCCCUCCCCCAAAGACACGUGGUGCCAUCAGCAGCUGAACGUGGUGGAAGACGCCACUGAUGAGGGCUUCCCUCAGGUCUCUACUAGUAGCUCUUCGCUAGAGUAUCCUGUGGUUGAGGAGAUUCCGCAAGAGUAUUGGUUCCCGGGAAAAGUGAAUCUACCACACUUAUUGGUCCAGGAGAGACUGGAUAUGAGUGGUAGUGUUGAGGGACGCAGACGUCCUCCCGUGGAGGCGCCGUGUCCGUGGGACGUGUCGGAGUCGCCGCGCUCCGAGGCGCUCGGCGCCGACAGCGAACUGCUGCAAAAGGUCACCGACUACAGUACGGAGGACCUCCUCAAAAAGGAGUCGACGUACAGCGCGCUGAAGACGACGACGCCGGUGGAGGGCUCGCUGCAGGGCGCGGGCGACUCCGCCGUGCCGCGCGCGCGCAGGCGCACCGGACCCGACAAGAGCAAAGUCUUCAGCAAAGCCAGUGUGACGGCGCGGUCGCGCGGCGCGCUGCCGCCGCUGGACGUGGGCGACUCGCGCUCCAGGAUCAGCGCCAUCUCCGACUGCCGCCUCAGGAACUUGAGACUAGACACUCAGUACGAAGUGUCGUCAGAGAAAGUGGACACGCCGCCCGGAGAGAUGGUCAAACGCAAGUGAAUAUAUUAAACGUUGACGCGGAAACAGGGGGGUUUUGUGUUAGAUAUAUAUUUGAAAUCGACAAUUGUAGUUUUAAAUCAUUGUAGUUAUUAUUGUUUAUAUUUUGGUGUAGUGUAUUUUUGUGUUUAAUUAUCGUCUCAAUAUUAUGGUUGUUUGUACUAAUUAUGUCCAAAUUAUUGAUUCAAUGUAAAGUGUUAUACAAAUAUAGUUAUUUUAGUUGAUCUCUUUUCUUAAA